CGUUGCAAUCGCGGCAUCCCCCGGCAUUUGUGUCGUUCUUGUCGCCUCAUUGCCGCCUUGCAUUCCCUUGCUUGAGUUUCUUCUUUCCGUACUUUUUCCGUAUUGAAAACUGCCUUUCACCAUGGCUUCUCCCUCUUCCGGCGGUAGCCUUUCGUACGUUCCAACGCCGGUAGAACGGCCCUACUUUGAAGGACUCUUUGCGGCAGCCGAUACCCAAGGCGGAGGGCAGAUUGGUGGAGCCCAAGCUGUCCCGUUCUUUCAGCGUUCGCAGCUUCCCACCGAAGCUCUCCGCAACAUUUGGACGAUAGCCGAUCAACCCCCCACCAAUGCUUUGGAUCACCGUAAGUUUGCCGUCGCGAUUCGGCUCAUUCAGCUUUUGCAGAACGGAAAGCAAGGCGAAGGACCCACUCUACAGGCUCCACAGGGUGUGGAUUUGCGUCCCGUGUACUUUGAAGGAAUCAGUGGUGUUUCCGUCCCCCUCCCGUCGAUGGAACAACAGCAACAUCCACACCAACCGCAGCCACAGAUUCCUCCCGUGCAGCAACAGCCACAUCCACAGCAACAACAACAGUAUCCUCAACAGCAGCACGCCCACCACACUCCGCCCCGCCCUCCGUCGUCAGCAUCGCAGUACGCUCCACCCGUGCAGCAACAACAGCAGCCGCCGCGCCCUCCUCCCUCCACGAGUAUGGCCUUGACGCCACAAGAUCCGUACACGCUCCCACCCAAUGAACAAGCCCGCUACGAGUCCAUCUUUGCCGAAUACACGCAACCGGACGGAUUUGUUCACGGCAAGGAAGCCGUCGCGCUAUUUUCCAAGUCGGGCCUUCCCCAAACACAGUUGGCAAGCAUCUGGAACAUGGUCGAUACACCCGUGGAUAAUAAACUCGACAAGGUGGAAUUCGCGAUCGCCAUGCAUUUAAUUGUUUGCAUUUCCAAAAAGAACCUACCAAUGCCACCCUCGUUGCCGCUUUCGCUCAAACAGCUUAAAUCGCAGGCCCCGCCUCCGACCUCGGUGCAAACCCAGCUUCCCACAGUUGGUGCAACUUCCUCCCAAGGAUUGCCCUAUCAACAAGAGCACCAACAACACCAGCCGCAGCAGCAGCAGAUUCAUCGUACCAUGACCAACGAUGCCGGUUCGGUGGCUUCCGUUCCACCGCCUCCGGUUAUCUCCGGGGGUCCCCCACGGUCGAUUCAGUUGCAGCCCCAAUCCCAGCAGCCUCCGCCCAGUGGGUUGUCGGUUUCCGCGUCUCUCCAGGGUCCACCGCCACUGCCAGCUCGUGGUGAGGGUGCGCUGAGUAUCUCGGACGCGUUUGAAGGAUUAUCCGUGGACGGAGCAGCGGGUUCGUCGUUUUUGCCCCAAACACUCGCCCCCGCCUCCUUUGGUGCACCGAACAACCUCGGCACGACGGCAUCCUUCGACAACGCCAGUCACGCCAGCAAUACUGGUGCAGUCAGUGACGUCGGUGGGGGCAUUCCCAGCCCGGGACGCAACGCCGCCUCGUCUUUUGCCAUGGGACCUCCGGCGAUUGUGACGGCCACCAGUCCGGCGCCAGCGCCCAAAACAACCCAACAGCUCGCGUCUAGCUACAGCAUGGGUGACUCAACGCAAGAACUGGAAAAGCUCAAGGACGUUUUGCAAAAGUUGCAGGCGGAGAAUAUUGCUCUCAAAGCACAGCUGGGCACGAUGACGGGCGACGAGAAGGAUGUCCUAAAGCAAUUGGGUGCGACGGUCGCCGAAAUAUCCACUCUCUCCAAUGAAUUGACUACCGUACGUGCACAAGUGCUAGCAUCCAAGUCCCGCUUGGUGGAAGCAACUGCGGAAUUGCAGGCAGCCAAGGAAAAGAAAAGUGUCGUCAAGGAUCUGAUUUCGGAAGCCAGCGAAACGAAGAGUGCUAUUCAGCAGGCUCAUACAGGUGUAGAAGAAGCAAUUGAAAUGGCGAAGGCCCCACCUCCGGCAGCAAACGGAUUUGACGGCGACUUGUUUGAUUUCGGCGGAGCAGCUCCCGCCCCAUCGGGUCCUGUCGCCCAGGACAGUUCCUACGCUUCGAAUGCGGAGUCCAUGCACCCGAACCCAAUCACGGAGCCGCCGGCGUAUCAAAACAACCAGGUACUAAAAACAGUUGCGUCAAACGACUCCGAGUAUGGACAAUUGAAGGAAGCGGUCCUGUCAACAGACACGUUCAAUUCAAGCUACGGAGAAGCAUCGAAAGCAGGGUUGUCGAACUACGCCUCUCACUACGGUCAGCUGGAAACAGUGACAUCGUACGAAUCCAACCAGUCGGAUGGAGGUCCGGGUCACAACCGCACCGCUUCCGCAGCUUCGUUGGGUUUCGACAGUAGCAUGGUAAUGGGCGGCGCACCGCUGGACUACUCCACGGGCUCUACUUUAGCCGGACCGCCCCCGCCAACCGAUCGUUAUCAAGGCAAAAACGCAGAUGACCACAAUUCGACGCCGUCGAUUGGAGAUGUCAACGAAUUGAGGCGCAGAGCCAAAGAGGCAGAGGACGUCGCACGAGAUGCGGAAGAGUCGCGUCAGCAAGUGGCAGCUCAAGUCGAAGAGCUGCGUCGUGUGGCCGAUGAGGCGGAAGCGGAAGCUCGCAAACAUUUGGCCGGUGGAGACGGCAAGAAGAAGAAAGUCGGUAUGCUGGGUCGGGGUAAAAAGCGAGAUGCGAAAGAAGGAGAGCGGCUCGCACUGGAGGCAAAAACCAAGAAGGAUACGUUUCUCCAGGCACAGUCGCAAGCCAAUGAUGCCCAGGCUUUGGCACUGGACACAAAGCGCGAAGCCGAUCGUUUGCGGCAGCAAGCCGAGGAGGCCGAAAUCAACGCUGCGUCGGCCGCUUCUAUGCAGCAUAGCCAGCCGGUCGCUCCUUCUCAGCAGCCAUCCAAUGGAUACCCAGCACCAGCUGCUACUCCAGCGUACGGAACAGGAAUGGGACAGCAACCCCAAUACGGGGGUACAUCUUUUGGCGGACAAUACAAUCCCAACGUCAUGGGUAGUGGUGGCGUUGAGAUUCCCACACCGAGCGGAGGCGAAGAUCCAUACUCAAACCCUUUCGGCUAA